CUUCACUACGCUGGCACAAAUUGCUAUUUCGUCCUACUAGGCGCACGUUUACAACUGUUAAGACAAUCCAUACGCCGCCAAAAGUACAGAUCCGUCUACUGUGCUAAGCGUUAAUAUUUUCGGACACAAUCGUACAAUAAUUUUUAUAUUCAACCCUCGAAAAAUGUUGGUUGGAAUCCCGUAACUAGUUAACAAAAGUCAUUUACUCGGAAGUGUGUUGUUUUUGAUAAUAAGAGGGAUUUUCUUGGAAAAAAAGUUAGCAGAAAAGCUCUACAACGGCUUCUUCACGGGUUUUCGAUUAUAAAAAACCAAUGUAUACGGCUGCAGCCGUACCUUUAGUUAAGGGAAACCUAUUAAAACUGGGCUCAACGGAAUCCGAAGACCAUUUUAAGCACUCCACACAGAGUUUGCCUGCACCACCGGACAUCUUGAAGGAGCUAUGUCACUACCUCGGGAAUUCAGUUUCAACCAGGAGUUGUCUAAGCUGGAUGGUCAGAUCCUCGGCACCUCAGCACCCCCUACGUCCACAGCACCCCUGUCAUGUUCCAUCGAUCUGCCAACGGACACCAUCGCAGAGGCAGUCCUCUCCCCGGAGAAGGCUGGGUCGCUGCUCUCCGUCCAGUCAGCUCCGCCGGAGCCCCGCGAGAGGCCAGUCAGCCUACUGCUCGAGCUGCCGCUAGCCACGCAAGUCGGAGCGUACCUAUCAGCGAUGUCGCCCACGGAGCAGGAGGAGGACUCAUUGCUGACCCUCUCCUCUGUGACGGCGCGCCCUCUGCUGGCCGCCUCGAGGAGACUGCGACACCGGCUGUCCACUGACACGAGUCCUCCUGACGGUGGCUACGGAUGGGUGGUGGUGUUCGGUGCUUUCUUGGUACAGUUCUGGGUUGCGGGACUCUUCAAGUCGUACGGAGUGCUGUACGUAGAGAUCAUGGAAACGUUCCCUGAUUCGUCGGAGUCUGUGGCUUCUUGGAUUCCUGCUGCUUUGUCCACACUAUGCUUGGCUUUAGCUCCACUUUCAUCCGCUCUCUGCGAGAAGUACUCUUGCCGUCUGGUGGUGUUCAUCGGGGGGCUAUUCUGUGCUACCGGCCUCGCUCUGUCAUACUUCAGCACUGGGUUGUUACAUCUGCUGCUCAGCUUCGGGGUAAUGACUGGCAUUGGCGGUGGUCUAUCCACUACUCCCGGUAUAGUGAUCGUGUCCCAGUAUUUCGAUAAACACAGAGCCCUAGCGAACGGUAUAUGUGUGAGCGGGACAGCUGCAGGCAGUUUCGUGUUCCCCAUGCUCAUCGAGAAAUUGGUCGACAUGUAUGGUCUGCAUGGGACGGUCCUGUUAUUAGGUGGUGGAAUGCUUCACGUGUGUGUAUCGGCUACUUUAUACCGCGCGCCUCCCGCGCCCCGCGAAAGGUCACCCCCAACAACUACCACCACUGAGCAUACCCUGCUGCAGGAUAUACAGGAAGGCAAAAUUGAGACCAAAGACAACCGUCUCCAGAGUCUGUUUCAGCCUGACAGCGAGCUGGCUCUCAACCACAAGAACGCUCUGCUAACCGAAGAGGCGAAACGCAGCAAUCUCAUCACGGAGAUAAUGCACCCCAGCCUUAUAGAGGUAACUCGUCAGUCACAAAAUCAGCAUUCAGACUCGGAAGAUUCCGAAGUAAUGGACGUCCUCGGAGUUGUGGGUUUGCCAAGGGAAGUAGCCAAGCUUCGUUUGAGACCAACCAGGUCUUCUUCCAUCUUACAUUCGGUGGAAGAUCUCUCCACUGACAGUACUUGCGUGUACAAAGCUAGCAGAAGAAAGAUAAGCAGAUCAUUGUACAUACGACCACCUCUUCCGAGUAGACUGAUUCAGAGUAAAUUAGCAGAGCCAGUGAUUGUGAAGCAAGAACAAGAAGUUCAGAAGGAAGAAGAAGUAGAAGAAAAAGAAGAGAAGAGAGGAUGCGUCGCGAAGAUUUCCAGAUACUUGGACGUCUCCCUGUUACGCUCGCGUCGUUUCGGUCUGCUGUGCGCUUCCGUAGCGCUCAUGUCAUGCGGAUCACCGUACGCAUUAUAUUACUUACCUGCACAUGCUGUGAAGGCGGGACACAGCAAGGGAGCCGCCGGUCAUUUGGUUGCCAUCAGCGCGGUAUUGGAUCUCUGUGGGCGACUUGGGCUGGGUUGGUUGUGCGACCUUCACUUGUUUUGCAGAAAAAAGGCUUACAUACUCAGUAUUUUGGUGGCUGGCAUUGCUGUACUGACUCUGCCUAGUUUGACUUCGUGGUGGGCAUUAGCAGUAGCUUCAGGUGCGUACGGCCUUUGCCUUGGGUGCUGGUUCCUGCUAGUACCCGUAUUGUUGGCGGACGCUUUCGGCACGGCGCGCAUCGCGUCCUCGUACGGACUCGUGCGCAUGUUCCAGAGCAUCGCCGCAGUGUCUGUGCCGCCUACCGCUGGGAACGUUAUAAAUUACAAUAUCUCGGAAAAGGUAAUAGGAAAUUUAAAAGGCUUAUUUACAUCCUCCAUAGAUAAAAGGUUUAUUAUUCUCUUCCUACAAUUAGUUCCGAUUGUGGCCACGCGUCAAGAGAUCUUGAUCAUACUGUACUUGUCUUGUCUCGUGCGUGACGUAACCGGCGGCUAUUCAUGGUGUUUCUACGGUAUGGGGUCUUGUAUGGUGUUGGGUACUAUUCCCGUGAUCGCCUUCUACUUUCUAACCAAGAACGACGACACUGAAUCAAAUGUCGAUUGAACGCAUACAAGGAAAGGCGUAGUGACUGAACGUAUAUAAGUACCUAUGUUUUUCAGGUCUACUUACUAAGUUUUGGUGUGAAAUAUGCCUUUAAGUAUAUGUGUAGGCGCAAUACUCAAAACGUUUAUAUAAUUAAAUAUUUGAGGUCUCCCCGAGUUAUGUAAUAAAAAAUGUAUGAAUAUGUUUCGGCGUGAAACACGCCUUUGAUAAUAUAGGCUGCAUAUUCAAAACAUUCAUGGUGAUUCAACUUUUCUUGAAGGUUUCCUCAGGUUUUGGAUGACUUAAUGUGAAAUAUAAAAUUGGAAAUUACGGAGUAUGGUAUGAAUAGUGAAAAAGAUCAACAACUAUUCGUAUAGUAUUCGCUUUUUUUUUAAUUUGAGAUCUCCUCUAGUUAACGAAGAUGUGAUUGAGUUAAUGUGAAAAAAAAUGAUGGAUAUUAAGGAGUAUGGUAUGAAUUAUUAAAAGAAAACACAUUAGAACUAUUUGUCAAAAAAAAAUGAAACUUAAUUGGCUAUGGAGUAUUUCUUGACAACUUUUAAUUAAGCUAUGUAAUAGUUUAAUUUAUUUGUCAAUAAGUUUAGCAAGCCAAAACUCAGUUUAAAAAAAAAGGGCCAUUAUAACCGAAACAUUUUCGUCCAUUUGAUUAUAUUCUUAUUUAUUAAUUAAAACUUUAAAGUCCAUUGAGUAAACUUUGCCUAAUCCAACUUGCUGUUUGUGUACCUACCAAAAUGUAUUAACAAAUAUUUUAUGUCACUUUUAUAUUUCCGCGCGAAUUUUUAGGCGUGUAGGUGUAGUUUCAUUUAAUUAUUUAGUUCUCGUAGCGUGGCCCGCCAUUGAAAAUAUUUCUUUAUUAUUUUUAAAUUCAUUAUUUUAAAUGUUAUUACGACGCAUAUCAAAAUUCAAUAGUGUCUACAAGCAAAACCUUGCUCUAUUUAUCGAUAAAAUUGCAUGCUAUCCUACCCUUCGCGUCCGCACUAACACUCCAGGAAAAAGUUAUUGAAAAAACUUGUAAAAUCGAAUAAUUGAAAAAUCUUUUCCUCCAGGUAAUAAGUAUUAAAAGUAUAAUUGAAACUUAACCUAGCUUAUAUUUUGAUGUUUAAUGGCUUCACUCAGAGAUGUCAAUUAACUUUAAAUCUGAUCAAAGUUGAUGUUGUGUUGAUUUCUUUUCGAUAGCAAUAGAAUAACACAUCCUUUGUGUUAUAUUAUUAUUAGUCUUUGACAAACAUUAAAUUUAAUUGACUUCUUUGAGUACGGUAUAAUCAUCAAAGUAUCAUAGAAAUACCUGGACUAAGAUAUGUACCUUUUCUCAUGCUUUUUAUUACUGCAUAUUUAAGACUUUAAGUGGUCUAAUGUAGCGGCGACAUCUACAUGCCCCACAUAUAAUCAAUAUAGACGAAAUAGUCACUCGCCUCUUCAAGAGAUGGCACUACCGGCGCUGCGCUAAACGUAUGGAAGCCAACAUCGCGCAAGAGAAAUUCGAAGGCUAACGCUCGAUAUAUACAAUGCCCGACCAAUAUCAGUUGGUCCGCCGAGCUACCAGCUCGGAAGAAGAUUCGCCUUUGGCUUUCCUAUAAUUAUUUUUUUUCACUUUUCGCUAUCAACUCAGAAUCUUGUCAGUGUGUUAUGCAAGCAUAUUUAGCCGAAUCACAAGAGAUUCUGACGUAUUUAGCUUAAUUUCAAGAGAAUAUGCAUACUGAAUUAAGAAUACUGUCAUGUAGCUAUUGUAAGUUUUAUGAUUUGGGCGCAUUACCUGUAUAGCGGACAUAUACAGAGAAACUUUCAGCUUUUAUAAAAUAAUGAAGGU